UUGACCCGCUUUCUGGCAUCCCAAUUAGGAACCGCCCGAGAACCUAUCCUUGCCACCACCGCGACCUCGGGCCGGCCGUCUGUACGGAGUGAGCCGCAGCUUCGCCAUGUAUGUUAGGUUACGUAUAUGGCAAAAUGCUGUACAACACACCUUCAGGCUCUUGCUUGUCUUCCCUUAACCAGGGCGGAAAGCCUACUCCUUGUUGCUCAGCAUAUCGUUCCCUCAUCUCAUUGCAUCAUCAUACUAGUAUCGUGACGAUCAUGGCGUCCUCAGAAGCACCACACAUCAUAUUCGGCUGCGGCGGCCUUGGCAACGAAUUCGUCGGUGCAACGAAUUCGUCAAAUUCGUCGGUCAGAGAGCUCUUGGAAUUGCUCAAGGAGGCGGGCAUAAAUCGGCUUGAUACGGCCGCCCUGUAUCCGCCCUCGGACAUUGGUGCUUCACAGCGUCUCCUCGGACAAGUCGGAGCAGCGCGACUAGGAUUCAUCAUUGACACCAAGGUAUUGAUUAGCAUGUCUGGCUUCAAAGGGACUCUAGAGCCCGAGAAGAUCGCCAAGUCUAUUGCGGAGAGCCACGAGGCCCUGCGAUUCGGAGACGGCCAACGUAUCAAUGUCUUCUACCCUCAUGCCCCGGACGUAGCCACGCCCUUGAAAGAUCAAGCGGCUGGUUUCCACGAACAAUAUAAAAAGGGAUUGUUUGACAAGCUGGGUGUUUGUAACUUUCCAGCUGAUAUGCUUGCCGAGUUCAUCGACAUCUGCGAACGUGAGGGAUAUGUUAAGCCGACCGUGCACCAGGGUCUCUAGUGCACCAGGGUCUCUACAACCUCAUCGACCGCCGACACGAAGGGCCGGUGCUUGAUCUGGUACGUAAGCAUGGCAUGCAGUUUGUAGCGCAUAGUCCGAACGGCAGUGGCUUCCUCCACGGUGCCCUAACGUCCGGUCAAGUUGACACCGCCAUAUGCCGAUAGAAGAAUGUACAUAGUGCCGGGGAGUGUGUUUAGCUAUAGCGAGUCGUAGUAUACGUAGACCACUGCCACGCCUAGCAAUUGAUGUUAGAACUUCUUGAAUAAACACAUUGCAAUGGUAACAGUUGUCGAUGUUGUUUUAUUAUACCGAGCCCAAUCAUUUGGUUCACAGUGUACGGGCUUUAAUUGGAUUCAAGCGGUGUAAGACGAUCCGGUCUGGGGUUAAGGGGGUCUCAAAGCUACUAUUCUCGUAAAUCGAGGAGUAUAUUAGCAAUACGGUCAAACAAUUAUACCGGUGAAAACACCAUAACGGUAGCAGUAGAUAGGCUAUGGUGUGUCGGGAUAGCGGAAGGAAGAUGCUAUAUCACUUCGGGUCUAAAUCCAGACUCUGUUCGCUUAUAAGACAU